GGCUCCCCCCCCCAGUCGGCCUGUUCCCCGGGGCUCCUUAGUGACUUAACCUCCUGCCUGCGCUGUACUAUUCUCUCGCAUGCUGUUGCUUUGCUCCUUCUCUUCUCCCGUCUGUCAUGUCGUCAACGCCAUCGCCCGAGUCGCCUGCAGUUCCCAGCUAACACACCCGAGUCGACAUCACCGAGUCGACAGCGGCCACGACAACUACCACAACCACCACGACCCAACCCAAGACAUGCCCGCGCGCCGCAGCCCUGUCGUGCCCGUCCCCGUUUGACCUGUCAGACUCCAACUCGCUGCCUCUCCGAAUCCCGACUCUUCCGAGCCACCGGUUCGACCCUGCUGUUCGACCAUGCCCGACAAGUCGGCCACCGUCGUGUCGUACGCCGCCGGUGCAUCGCUUGCUGCCGCUGCUCUCAUCUACGUCUUUGCUCCAAACUUUUCCAUCGAUCACGACGCCACUAGCUCCCGCAAGAAGUCCAUUGUCGGCCUGCGCAACCAGGCCAAUGACUGCUUCAUCAACUCGGUCCUCCAGGCCCUCGCCGGUCUCGGAGAGCUGCGCGUCUACCUGAUCCGCGAGACGCACCGCCGCCGCAUCGAAGACCCCGCCGUCUACGCCAGUCUUGUUCAACCCGAGGGCAAGCAAGUGGCCCAGUGGAAGCUGCAGGGCCUGCAGGAAGGCCUAGUGACACAGGGCUUGAAGGAGAUGCUCGAUGCGCUUAACGAGCGCCCCAUCUACAAGAAGGCUAUUUCACCCUUUCAGUUUGUCAAGGUCCUCGAGGUUGCCUUUAAGCAACGCAUCAGCCGCCAGCAACAGGAUGCGCAAGAGUUCUUGCAAAUCGUUGCUGAGCGCCUCAAGGACGAGUAUCAUGCUGGCCAGAGAGCCCGUCUCCAUGCGCGGAGACGCGGCCUAACGGAAAGCUCGGAGAACCUUGCUAAGCCCGCCGAUGAACAUGUCAACGGCAACGGCUCUGCUUCCGAGACCCCAUCCGAUCAAGAGGCCGAAGACGGCACCGAUAUCUCGGCCAUUGAGCCAUCCACGGACACCAAGAUCCCUCAGAUCCAAUCAAAUGGCGGCCUUGGCCCAUUGCCUCUUGAGCUUGAGGAAGGCUUUCCUAUGGAAGGCAAAUACGAAUCGCAUCUAGAAUGCCAGACUUGCCGAUACAAGACAAAGCCGAGAGAGGAGACAUUUUGUACCAUCACAUUGGCCGUCCCUCAGGUUUCGUCCACUACUCUCAAUGCCUGUUUUGAUGGAAUCUUUAAGACUGAAUACAUUGACGACUUCAAGUGUGAAAUGUGCCGGCUUCUGCAAACAAAGGCCAACUUGGAACACGACCUGGCCAAGUCGACUUCAGAGACCUUCAAGGCGCAGGCGCAAGAAAGUCUGCAGAAGCUCCAGUUCGCCAUCGACACAGACCCCGAACACCCUCCCGAGGACGUGGAUCUGGGAGACAUGCGCUAUGCGCCGAAGAGGAAAAUUGCAAAGACUACGCGGAUGUCCAUCUUUCCCAAGAUCUUGGCCAUUCACCUCUCGCGAUCCAUUUACGACGCAGGACAAAUGACACAGAAGAACUCGGCCAAGGUUGCCUUCCCUGAAACGCUGCCGCUCGGUGGCUUGAUGGACCAGAAGAAGUACAAGCUCCUAGGAACAGUCACGCACCGCGGUGGACACAAUAGCGGCCACUACGAGGCCUUCAGGCGACAGAACCUCGCUGCUCCAUUCUCCAAUCCAAACACGUUCCACCCCUCCGAAGUUUACAGCAAAACACCCACUCCUAUAUCCACCCCUGAGAUCUCUGCCCGCGUCAUCGACAGUCCAGCGAUAUCAACCCCCGAUCUCUUGUCCGCAUCCUCGGGGAACAACUCGUCGACUCCGUCGCUGGACUCGUUGCCGGUGCCACCUAGGAGCGUGCCCUCGGAUAGAAAUAGGUCCUCGAGUCUGUCAACUUCCAAGGAAAAAGACGGCGAAACCAGCAGUCUCCGCUCGGUUGCGGCAUCCACCAAAUCUGCUCUUUCCAGGUUAACAUCACCCAAGCCAGCACAAGAGGCUAGAUACCCUCAACCUCCUGCGUCAUCUGGCAUGGGGAAGCGAGCGAAGAGGAGAAAGGGAAUGACAGACAAAUGGUGGCGAGUAAACGACGAGAAGGUCCGCGAGGCCAAGACCAGCGAGGUGCUGGGGAUGCAAAGAGAGGUAUACCUGUUGUUUUACGAGCUUGAUAAGGAGUCAUAGGCGGACUCUGACUCAGUUGAUUUCUGUCUUACAGGAGCCUGCGUGGCGUUAUGAACUAGGGCGCCCUCUGUGGCGUCAUCUGUGCUAUAGUGGACUAACCCCCUUCAUUCUUCUUUCUUGAUUUGCAUGGGUUGGCGUUUUCGAAAACUCGAUGGGUUGCUCAGGCUUUAGAUUCGGGUUCUCGGGCUAUUCAUAAGCAAGGGGGUGUUCAAGACAGGAUAGGCUAUACGCAUUUACAGCGGGUUAGACAUAGCCAAGCACCACUAGGAAAGGCUUCAGUAGAAAUACACGGGAUCUGGAUCUUGAGUAAGUCGCAUCAUUUGAGGCCGUCGUUGUGCAGGUGCUGGCGACUCAUUUCGAGUUGUAUCUGUGGAAGGAACCUAGGCAACGACUAUAUGGCCUCAGGCAGCCAGGAACUCAUAUAUACUUAUAUACACCCACUUACCUCGUCAUCCAUAACAUCACAAUGCAGAC